AUGGUGUUAUCUGAAGUCAAUCAAAGCAGCACACUCACGUUUACUCUCUUGGGGUUUUCAGAAUACCCAGAAUUUCAGGUUCCACUAUUUCUGGUUUUCUCAUCCAUCUACACAGUCACUGUGGUGGGGAAUUUGGGCAUGAUAAUCAUCAUCAAGGUCAAUUCAAAACUCCACACAAUCAUGUACUUUUUCCUGAGUCACUUGUCCUUUGUAGAUUUCUGUUAUUCCACCAUAGUUACACCGAAACUGUUGGAGAACUUGGUUGUGGAAGACAGAACCAUCUGUUUCUCAGGCUGCAACACACAAUUUUGUUUCACUUGCAGUUUUGCAGUGACAGAAACUUUCAUGCUAGCAGCGAUGGCCUAUGACCGUUUUGUGGCUCUUUGUAACCCUUUGCUCUAUAGCACUACUAUGUCUCAGAAGCUGUGUGCUCUUCUGGUGGGUGGGUCUUACACAUGGGGUGUAGUGUGUUCCCUGACACUCACAUAUUUUCUUCUGACACUGUCCUACUGUAAGCCUAGCAUCAUGAAUAAUUUUAUCUGUGACCACUCUGUAAUUAUUUCUGUCUCCUGCUCAGACCCCUAUAUUACCCAGAUGUUAUGUUUUAUUAUUGCUGUAUUCAAUGAGGUGAGCAUCCUGAUGAUUAUUCUCAUGUUGUAUAUACUCAUUUUCAUCACUGUUCUGAGGAUACCUUCUGCAAGUGGGCACCGGAAAACCUUCUCCACCUGUGCCUCCCACCUGACUGCCAUCACCAUCUUCCAGGGAACCAUCCUUUUCCUUUACUGUGUUCCUAACCCUAAAACUUCUUCGCUUGUAAUUAAAGUAGCUUCUGUGUUUUAUACAGUGGUGAUUCCCAUGCUGAACCCAUUGAUCUAUAGCCUUAGGAACAAAGAUGUGAAGGACACAUUUAAAAAAUUUGUUGUCACCAAAUUGCUUUGUUACACAUUAUGCUAUUUUUAG